AUGGAUGAUGAAUGGGAUGACGCCUGUGAUGUGGUGGUGCCUGCACCUCCAGUAUACAACACUAAUUCAUAUAGUAAUGAUGUUGACGAAGGACACAGCUUAUCAAGGGGACGAGGGUUUCCAUCAUUUAUAGAAGAUGCCAAUAGUGGUUAUGACAAAGAAAGCAAUGGUUUUGGCGAAAGACGCGGACGCGGUGGUAGAGGAGGCGGAAGGGGACGUGGUGGCCGCGGUGGGAGGGGAGGAUUCAGGGAUCGAGGCGAUUUUGAAAAUGGUGAUGGAGGCGAUUUCAACAACGACAGAGAAGAUCGAGGCGAGAGGGGUGAACGCGGACGAGGUAGGGGUAGAGGUCGCGGCGGCGGCGGCCGCGGAGGAUCGCGAAUGGGUGGUGAUGAUGGCGGAUUCAACCCCGAGGGUGAUGACGAAACCAAAAAACCGGCACCCGUCACAUACGUCCCACCGGAGCCCACAGAAAACGAAGACGAGAUGUUUGGUAGCUCUAUCAGCUCGGGAAUCAAUUUUGACAAGUUUGAUUGCAUCGCUGUUAAGGUGACUGGUGAAAAUCCCCCCAGAGCAAUAGACAGUUUUGAAUCUGCAAACUUGAGGAAGUUUGUGGUAGACAAUAUCCUAAGGUCUGGAUAUAAGAAACCCACACCAAUUCAGAAGCAUGCGAUACCAAUAAUCAUGAGCGGGCGAGAUCUCAUGGCAUGCGCACAGACAGGUUCUGGAAAAACUGCUGCUUUCCUAUUGCCAAUGAUAAACGUGCUGCUACAAGACAGCCGAGAUCUUGUUAUUGGAGAAAAUGGAUGCGCUCAACCUCAGGUAAUCAUAGUAUCGCCAACAAGAGAGCUUACUCUACAGAUAUUCAAUGAAGCGAGAAAGUUCGCGCACGGGUCCAUAUUGAAAAUCGCGGUCGCGUACGGCGGUACCGCCGUUCGACACCAGGGAGAUCAGAUAUCGAGGGGCUGUCACAUCCUAGUAGCGACACCAGGUCGACUUCACGACUUUGUGGACAGAAACCGGAUAUCAUUCGAGAGUGUUCGCUUUGUUGUGCUGGAUGAGGCCGACAGAAUGCUUGAUAUGGGAUUCAUGCCGUCAGUCGAGAAAAUGAUGCAGCAUCCAACUAUGGUUCCUAGUGGUGACCGUCAGACACUUAUGUUCUCCGCAACGUUUCCUGAAGACAUCCAGCACUUAGCUGGCCGGUUCCUCAGCAACUAUCUCUUUGUGGCCGUGGGUAUUGUGGGCGGUGCCAGCUCAGACGUCGAGCAAGUGUUCCACCAGGUCACUAAGUAUGAGAGGCUGGAUGUCCUAAAAGAGUUGAUUCAGGAAAAUGACGGAAAACGAAUCCUAGUAUUCGUGGAGACUAAACGCACAGCUGAUUACAUUGCUGCCUUGUUGUCUGAACGACAGAAGCUAACAUCGUCAAUUCAUGGUGAUCGAUUGCAACGGGAGAGAGAAGAAGCGAUAAAUAAUUUCAAGUCAGGACGCCAUUGCAUACUGGUUGCGACCGCCGUCGCCGCUAGAGGUCUUGAUAUAAAGAAUGUGGACAUUGUGGUCAACUACAACCUGCCAAAGAGUGUUGAUGAGUACGUACACCGUAUCGGACGGACCGGACGAGUGGGCAACCGCGGUAGAGCUAUCUCUUUCUACGAUCCUGAUUUGGACUUGCCAAUUGCUGCAGACCUGGCCAAGAUUCUUCGCCAAACAGACCAGCCCGUGCCAGACUUCUUGCAAGGAGGCGGUACCUCCACAUACCAUAGCAACAAAUAUGGUGGCAGCGAUAUUAGAAACUUUAACAACACUAAUGCUGUUGAAGAGCCUGGUCAGGAACCGGAGGAGGAGUGGUAG